AUGUCCCAAAUUUCGUUAGCAUUUUCCGGCCAUGAGGGAGAAUGGCAUCUAUUACACGAAAGCAUCGGAAUUUCGGCAAUGCACAUGCAACUCCUUAAAAACAACAAAGUUGUCAUGUUUGAUAGGACGGAUUUUGGCCGCUCUAACCUCUCUCUCACCGGUGGACGCUGCAGGUAUGACCCCAAUGACACUGAACUCAAGAUAGACUGCACGGCUCAUUCUAUUCUAUACGACGUGGGGACGAAUACUUUUUGUCCAUUAAUGGUACAAACCGACACCUGGUGCUCCUCAGGCGCAGUACUUCCCGAUGGAACCUUAGUCCAGACUGGGGGAUACAAUGAUGGAGAUCACGUCAUACGCACUUUAGCUCCGUGUAAUGGAUAUUAUUGUGAUUGGGUCGAGUUCCCCCAAGCUCUGUUGGAGCGUAGAUGGUACGCAACAGAUCAAAUACUCCCCGAUGGACGGAUAAUCAUCAUCGGUGGUCGAAAACAAUUUAACUAUGAAUUCUACCAUAGAAAUUCUCAGCCCUCUUCUUCUUCCCACAAUGUUGUUUGGCUUAAUUUUCUCAGAGAAACUAGAGAUUCAUCUGAAAACAAUUUAUAUCCAUUUGUACACCUAUUACCGGACGGAAAUUUAUUCAUUUUUGCUAACACAAGAUCCAUAGUGUUUGAUUACAAACAAAACCGGAAGAUCAAGGAAUUCCCUGCCAUCAAUGGUGGUGAACCGCGUAAUUAUCCCAGUUCAGGCUCCCUUGUUCUAUUUCCCCUUGACGAAAACCGUCCAAUCGAGCCUGAAAUUAUGAUUUGUGGUGGGGCGUCGCGCCAUGCAUUCCAGCUCGUUAAAAAGGGAACAUUUCAACGCGCUGCCUCGACCUGUGGCCGCCUGAAAAUUAUGGACGAAAAUCCCACCUGGAAAAUGGAAAACAUGCCGAUGCCACGGGUGAUGAGCGACAUGCUUCUUCUACCUAACGACGAUAUCAUUAUAAUAAACGGUGCGAGUUCAGGUACGGCAGGAUGGGAAUCAGCACGAAAUCCUGUAACUAGGCCACUGAUUUAUAAUCCCCACCAGGACGAAAGGAGGCGAUUCUCUGUCAUGUCGGCCUCGCCCCGACCGCGCCUCUACCAUUCGGCUGCCAUUUUAGUAAACGACGGUCGGGUUCUUGUCGGCGGAAGCAACCCUCAUAUAUAUUACAACUUCUCAGGCGUUGAGUACCCAACUGAUUUGAGCCUGGAAUCAUUUUCUCCCCCUUAUUUAUCACCUGUAUACGAUCGUUACAGACCGCGGAUUAUCGAAGCCGAAAAGGUUGUUAGCUACUUACAAUCAUUUACCUUAACAUUCACGGUGCCAAGAUUCAUGAAAACGAGUGUUGUGUCAGUUAGGUUAAUAUUGCCAUCAUUUACUACACAUUCAUUUUCGAUGAAUCAAAGAAUGGUUGUGCUCAAGGGAGUUCAGGUUUCCUGCGUGGCCACGAACACGUAUCGAGUGGCUGCAGUCGGGCCAUCAACGCGUGAGAUUGCACCGCCGGGAUAUUAUAUGUUGUUUGUUGUGCAUUCAGGUAUACCAAGUUCUGGCAUGUGGAUUAAGCUUCAGUAA